GUUGCCAGAAUCAUGGAAAAUAAAUAAAAACUGAAAUCUGUAAACAAUGCAACAGAAGCGAGAAUUUUUAUUAAAAAUUGUUUAGAAAAAUGGAUAAGCAACCAGAGGUGCUGGAGGCACCGCUACGUCCCUUUAAAUUGGCUCAUCAAGUUGUAAGCCUCACCGGGAUUAGUUUUGAGCGUCGCAGCAUAAUUGGUAUGGUCGAACUAACCAUAGUGCCAAAUAAUGAAAAUCUACGUCUUAUUCGAUUGAAUGCCAAGCAAUUGCGAGUCUACAGUGUGGUCCUUAAUGAUGUGUGCCAGGCCGAGUUCACUUACUUUGAUCCGUUCCAGAAUAUCUGUCAAAAAGAAGCUAAAAGUCGUUCACUCGAUGUCUACUCCAAGUACCAUCUGGCCGCUGCCCAAAUAACCGAUCCCGAUGUCAACAAUGGUGAAUUGUUGAUUCAAGUGCCUCCGGACGGUUAUUCGUUAAUCCAAGAGGGACGUGGCCUGCGCAUACGCAUUGAAUUCUCAUUGGAGAGUCCCUUGAGUGGAAUGCAUUUUGUCAUUCCACCGACAUCAACAGAUGAGGAAACGCAACAGAAUUGCUCGCACAUGUUUACCAAUUGCUAUGAAAAUUCCACCCGUCUGUGGUUCCCAUGUGUGGAUAGUUUCGCAGAUCCGUGCACAUGGCGACUGGAAUUCACGGUGGAUAAAAACUUAACGGCCGUAUCUUGCGGCGAACUCCUGGAAGUCGUUAUGACUCCAGAUUUAAGAAAGAAAACGUUUCACUACUCAGUCACCACGCCGGUAUGUGCCCCCAAUAUAGCUCUGGCUGUUGGACCCUUUGAGAUCUAUGUAGAUCCCCAUAUGCACGAAGUGACCCAUUUCUGUUUGCCUGGCAUGUUGCCGCUCCUGAAGAAUACAGUCCGAUACCUGCACGAGGCAUUCGAGUUCUUUGAGGAGACUCUUUCAACCCGCUAUCCAUUCUCUUGCUACAAGCAGGUGUUUGUAGAUGAACUGGACACGGACAUCAGUGCUUACGCAACAAUGAGCAUAGCCUCGGUUAAUCUCCUCCAUUCGAUUGCCAUCAUUGAUCAGACAUACAUUUCACGUACCUUCAUGUCGCGAGCUGUGGCAGAACAGUUUUUCGGCUGCUUCAUUACAUCGCAUCAUUGGUCGGAUACAUGGCUGGCCAAGGGUAUAGCCGAGUAUAUGUGUGGUCUGUAUUCCCGGAAAUGUUUCGGCAACAAUGAAUACCGUGAAUGGGUGCAAACGGAGUUGGCUCGUGUGGUUAAAUAUGAGGAGCAAUACGGCGGCAUUAUACUCGAUUGCAGUCAGCCACCCGCACCGCUUCCCGUGUCGAGUACCAAUCCAGCUGCAGCAGCCAGCAAGCAGCAGGAAAUCCAUCAUUAUUUCCCCAUUAAGAGUUUGCACACAGUUUCCCCGAAAUAUGUGGAGGCGAUGCGACGUAAGGCUCAUUUGGUAAUACGGAUGUUGGAGCAUCGUAUUGGCCAGGAGUUGCUCAUCCAGGUGUUCAAUAAACAACUGGCCCUGGCCACAAAUGCGGCAUCCACCAAAAUUGGUGCCGGCCUCUGGUCCCAGUUGCUCAUCUCAACGAAUAUUUUCAUUAAGGCCAUAUUCACGGUAACUGGCAAAGAUAUGUCCGUCUUCAUGGAUCAAUGGGUACGCACUGGUGGACAUGCCAAAUUCUCUUUAACAUCAGUCUUCAAUCGCAAACGAAACACGAUCGAGCUAGAGAUCCGUCAAGACUUUGUCAAUCAGCGUGGCGUAAGAAAGUACAAUGGACCCUUGUUGGUCCAACUGCAGGAGCUCGAUGGCACUUUCAAGCAUACGCUACAGAUUGAGAACACCCUGGUAAAGGCAGACAUUACCUGUCACUCCAAGAGCAGACGUAACAAAAAGAAGAAGAUUCCCCUAUGCACUGGCGAGGAGGUGGACAUGGAUCUAUCGGCCAUGGACGAUUCGCCUGUUCUGUGGAUACGUCUCGAUCCGGAGAUGAUUCUUCUACGCGAUCUGAUCAUUGAACAACCUGAUUUCCAAUGGCAAUACCAAUUACGGCAUGAACGUGAUGUUACGGCCCAAUUUCAGGCAAUCCAAGCCUUGCAAAAGUAUCCAACGAAUGCCACUCGCAUGGCUCUGACGGAUACCAUUGAGAGUGAGCGAUGUUUCUAUAAGGUCCGUUGUCAGGCAGCGCACAGUCUUACCAAGGUGGCCAAUCAAAUGGUGGCUGCAUGGAGUGGCCCACCAGCUAUGUUGAACAUCUUUCGCAAGUUCUUUGGAUCUUUCAGUGCUCCACAUAUAAUCAAACUGAAUAAUUUCUCCAAUUUUCAAUUAUACUUUCUGCAAAAGUCCAUUCCAGUGGCUAUGGCAGGUUUGCGUACUUCCCAUGGCAUCUGUCCGCCGGAAGUGAUGCGCUUCCUCUUCGAUCUAUUCAAGUACAAUGAGAAUUCACGAAAUCAUUACACCGAUGCCUAUUAUCGAGCAGCUCUAGUGGAGGCUCUGGGUGAAACACUGACACCUGUAGUAUCGGUGGCCAUGCAUGGAACACAAAUAACCACCGAGAGUCUGUCCACAGAUGCCAAGCUGGUACUGGACGAGGUGACACGUCUGUUGAAUAUGGAAAAACAUCUGCCCUCAUAUAAAUACAUGGUGUCCGUUUCCUGUCUCAAAGUGAUUCGUAAGCUACAGAAAUUGGGUCAUUUACCCUCCUUGCCGCACAUUUAUCGCAGCUAUGCGUCAUAUGGCAUAUUUCUGGAUCUUCGCAUUGCGGCCAUGGAAUGCCUGGUGGACUUUGUCAAGGUCGAUGGUCGUAGCGAUGAUCUGGAAGAUUUGAUUACAUUACUGGAAACGGAUCCCGAUCCGGCAGCCCGCCAUGGUCUAGCCCAAUUGCUAAUUGAUAAUCCGCCAUUUACACGCGAGUCUCGCAGUCGCCUGGACAAGCCGAAUCUUGUGGAAAGAUUGUGGUACAGCAUUAACACAUUAGCCUAUGACACCAAAUUGCGUUGCGACACUGUCGAUCUGUAUCACUCGCUUUAUGGCACCAAACGGCCGAAUUGCUUGCAGGCCAGCGAGAAUCAGAACUUCUACAAGGAUCUGAUGAAGGACAGCGGCGGCGGCGGCAGCAACAGCGUUGGCAAUAGUAAUUCUAGCUUUAAGAAGACUAAAGAGGAAAUCAAACCAAUCCCCAUCCCAUUGGUGGAGACCAAUCCGGACAACGAUGUUCCAGAACCACCGCCAACUAAACCCCCCGCUAUGGUCGCCAUUAAACGAACAGCCACCGAAGCCUUUGAGGUGGGCGAUGAAAUCAUCAAAUUGGAACGAAGCGAAGAGAUUUAUGUACUAGAUGAUGCAGUCAAUCAAGUCCAGUCAUAUGAUAGCGAAACUAAAAUCAAUAUACUGCCGGCCGAUGAUGAUAAUGACGAAAUGCAUCAGCUGGCGAAACGGCGAAGGGAACAGAUGGACAAGGAGGCAUCGUUUGGCAUGGGAAUGAGUGAUAUGUCGUCGCAUCAUGGUUUCGGCGAUGAGGGUAAAUUCAAAAUGGAUAAUGUUUCCAAAAAGAAGAAGAAGAAGGACAAAAAGAAACACAGGCACAAACACAAGCAUAAACACAACAGAGACAAGGAUCGUGAACACGAUCGCAGCAAAGACAAACGAGAUCCGCAAAUCUCACGCCUACAGGCCCGAGAGACCGGCACCCCCGAUACGCUUAGCUCGGCGGAUAGCAGCAACAGCAAUAGCACUCCACCGCUUGGCCUGAACUAAGUGAUGGCCAAAAAAACACAAAACCAUUGAAGAUGGUCGAAUAGAUGGUGUAAUAGAAAAUAAAUACAAAUAAAACUUAAAACUUUUAA